GUAAUAUAUCUGCGAGUUUAGUAGGAGAGGGACUUCAGCGGAAGGGGAGAUCAGCUUUGGGUUCAGCGAGCGCUCGCGCGCUCCAGCUAGAUGGGUACCAGCAUGUACGCAUCCGUGGGAAGUGAAUUGUCAGACGGCGUCGCCGGCGUGGCCACCGACGCGAAGUGUCAGACGGAGUUGGCGGCCACGGAGAAGACCGAGUCGGACGUGUCCGCGGCCACGGAGACUGUCUUCUCCGAGGGUAGAUCGGACAGCGCGCCGUCGCCGGUGCCGUCCGAGGGCGCCGACGACGCGCCCAGCGUCGAGUCGGGCGACUUGGCGUCCCCGAUGAUCCCCUCCAUGGCCCGCAGCGACGCCUCGGUGCCUUGCCGCUCGCGCUCGCGCCGUUGUACGGCCUCGCGCGCGGCCAAGAGCUCGUGGACGAAGAGGGCCCCUAUCAACAGCAACCCACCAGCUAAUGUGAAGGGCCCCGGUUUUUCGUUGUAGAUGAGGAAGACCCAGAGCGGGCCCAGCACCGUCUCCAGCAGCGAACAUAAGGACACCUCCGCUCCUGUUAUAUACCUAGGUGCUAUGGAAAAGGCCACGAAGAUUCCCGCGAUGGCGAACCCGUCUAACGCCAUGCAUAGAUAAAACAAUCCUGGAGACGAGACCUUGGGCACGAUGCAGUCGCCCGUGACCAGCGUCGACAGGGACACCAGGACGAACGCGGCCAAUGCACCAACAGUUGUUGCGAACGUGAUCGGCACCCGCGGCCGCUCGCGCGCCGCGUGCCGCACAAUGAUCAAGUAGACGGCCACGGCCACGCCCACGUAGAUCGCCGCGAGGUCGCCCCAGGGGCUGCCUUCCCGGCCUUUCUUGGUAGCGAGCUCGGGCCCAAACACCAUGGCGAUGCAACCCAAGGCAAAAAUGCACGUGACGAUGGUCCUUCUAGGUAAAACGUCUCCUAGGAGAGCGCAUCCGAGUAUCGCGCUCCACAGCACAUUCAGCGAGUACCAGAUCAUCACUCGAGCCGCCGCGAUAAUUAAGAAGGCCAGAGAGAAUAAAACAUCUAGCGAGAUCUGCAGUCCCACCGCGGCCCAGAAGUGCUUCGGGCCCGUCUUGAUGCGCUCAUACAGUGAUUUGACGACGCCUUCAGGUGGUGCGCUCUUCUUCUCAACAUAAAAAACCCACGCGCACGUGAACCAGAACACGAAGAAGAACUUCCAGAAGAGGAUGGAGGCCGUGUUCGCUCCUUGCGUCUGGGCCCACCUUAAUAACACGGCGUCGGGCGUGACACAUAAGACGCCCGCGGCGGCGAUGGAGACGCCGCGCGCGCGGUCGGAGAGCUGGACCAUUUUUUAUGUAGAUGAGCAGGCGCGCGCUGCUCGGCUGCGCGAGAGCGCUGGACAGCUGCGCGGCAGCCGGGGCGCGCUCGCGUCGCGCGCUGGUUGGCUCCGCCGGCAACUAAAAGGUUUGUGUCGUGCGUUUGCGCGCGUUUUCGACGUGGCCUCAGAUUUUUUGUCUCACAGCCUUUCUCUUGCCGCUCGCGGCUCGUCGUGCCAUGAUCUUUAUUCUGCCGUGUCAGCGUUCAAGUCUCCGAGGCAAAAGUUAAGUCUGUUUCACGACCCCCCCCUUUCCCGAGGGAUAAGGUACCGCGUUUUGAACGCGAGAGCCGCAAGACGUGCGCGGGGCCGCAAUAUUUUGAGCUUGCGCGUGUGUGCCACUGCUCAAAUUAGCCGUAGAGACAGCAGAGAAGCGCAGCACCGCCGCCUCUCGCCUAGACGUCGUGAAACCAAUAGUACAGCAGCCGCGCACCGCGGGAGCGCGCGAGUCACGAUGGACGCCAACGACACCCUCGCGCGGGUCCGCCAGACGCUGCCGGCCCUGAGCCACCCGCUGCGCGCCGUCCGCCGUAGGGCCCUCCAAAACGUGAAGUCGAAGCUCGAGAUGGGCUUAGUUCGUUUGAGCGACUUACCAGCCCACGACGUCGUCGCGCACUCAUUGACGCUAGCGGAGCAUGAAGUGAAUGAACCGACCGUCGAAAGUCUGAACACGGCCAUCGCGUUGUUAUUGGCCGUCGUCGAGACGCACGGGGCGGGCGCCGCUGCUUUAAGGAGCUGCGACGGCGUCGCGCGGCUCGAAGCGUUAAGGGAGCGCCUCGACGUCCCUUCCAGAGCGGUCGAGGACUUAUUAGCCGCUGCUUUAAGGACGCCCGGCGUGCUGCCCGAGACGCCAGUACCACCGCCGCGCCAGCCGAAGUUCUCGCCCGUGGAAGUCACGAGGCAGGAAUCAGACGUGGAGGAGGAGGAAGAGGAGGAGGAAGAACCAGAAGUGGAGGAGGUGGUCACCGAUAGGGCGCGGCUCGAAAAAGGCUGGCGCCCGGCGGCGCCGGAACUCUGUAGGGCAGAUGAAAGGAGAGUUCUGGACAUCGAGAAGCGCGUCGAGGAGGCGACGCAAGCUUUAGGGUCGCGACGAGGCGACGCGGCCGCCUCUGCGAGGGCGGCGGUCGUCCUCGCGGCUCUCAGAGAUAACGCGGCCUCCGACCUGCCCGCGGCCGUCUGGCUCGAGCGACCUAGAGUAUUAGCGUGCUUGGUGACCAUCGCGGCCUCACCAGCAUCACCGGCCAACGACCGCCCCGCGCGGUUCGUGGAGCAAGUCCGGCGGGACGCGUUAGAUGCUCUCGCAUCCAUACUAGAAAAGCUCUCUCAUUAUGAUUGCCCCCUGCAGUGCGACGCGGCGUCGGCGUGCGAAGCGCCGCCCAUCCACGCGCGGACGGACGACGAACGUUUACUACUUGAUGCUGCACUGGAAACGUUCAAACGCCGCCACCCGAAGCGUUUAGGGCAUGUUGUCGUGCCGGACGACGACGACGAGACCACAGCCGAUCCAUUAAGAAGGAGCGCCCACCGCGACUCUCCGUUGUCGCUAGGUGGGGCCUGCGGCGCUUGCCUAGAAGCGGCAGCUCCUUUGUUAGCUUCCAACGAUGCUAGAACAAGACAUCUAGCAGGACGGGUCUGUAUGGCAUCAGUGCCGUUCGUCGUCGAGCCCAUUACUCUACAGAAAACGUCUGCAGCGUUGUCACGUUCUAGAGUCGCGCGAUGUUUACAUGCGCUCGAUGCGGCCGCGGCGUCGUCUGGCGACGCUCUGGUGGAACGAUUGGCCGCGUCUCUGUUAGCUGGUCUAGCAAGGAGACAAGCGCACGUCCCGCCUCCCGCAAAUUUGAGGAGGCGCGCGCGACUACGCGUCGUGGACGCUGCCAAACGUGGAGACGCUCUGAGACCUGCGUUGGCAGUACUCGGCUUCGUCGGGAAGGAUGAAUUGAGGGCGGCAGAUAAAGCGCAUAAUGCUGCAUUAGAUGGGGCGGCGCCCUUGCUAUCCGCUUUAUUGAGGGGCGACGCGUGGUCCGGAGAUGGUUCGAUGCUAGCGUCGCAGUGCCGCGCGUCACUAGAUGUGGUGUUAUCGUUACCGGACGAGCGCCCGUCGUCGCAGAUGACCAUGGUCGACGCGCCGUUGCCGCCGGAAGCGCGUGUGCGAGCCUCAAAUGUCCUCAUGCCCGAUAACCCGCCUUCAAGAGCAUCAAUAGGAGAGGACUGCGCCGCGUGCUGCGUGUACGCCUGGUCUCGCCUGCCGGACGCACAACUUAGUGGAGUGGUCCUUUCCUUAUUACAACGGUUCAACACGAGGAGAGCGGCCACGGAAGCGUUACUAGCGGAAACAGCCCCAGCAUGCGUCGCGCCGCCCGACGCGUCCAUCUGGGCCGCCGAAAACUUAAUGAGGCCGGACCCGGGCCGCGCCGCGUACCGCCUGGCCUCUUCAGAUUCACCGUGGCGCGCUCAAGUGUUGAGGCAGCGACUCUUGUCGGACGAAGCGUCUACGAUUCGGAGGUGGCUAUGUAGGGUCGGCGCCUUCGACCAAGACGAGCGGUGCCGCGCGGCCUCCAGACAACUAGUCCGGGACGCGGCGGCUUUAUCUCCCAGGGGAGCGUUCUCCGGCGAAGACGCCCCCUAUUUGGAAGCGCAAGGUUUGAGAGGAUUGUGCGCCGGCUCGAAUCCCAUUUCAUCGCUAGCGCGAGCGUUAUUUGCGAGAGAACAGGAACCGCGCCGGCAGGCGGCUUUAGAACUGUCCCAGAGAUUAGAUGUUCGCGCGAGCGCACCGGACGUUCUAGUGGAGGCGGAACUUUCCCAAAGAGACGCAUCCGACGAAUUUAUUAAGAGAAGCGUCGAGCCGGAACAGCUCGACUUGCUAGCAAGGGCGUACGCGCGAUGUGCCGCAUCGUCUGACUUCCUGCCGAGCGAGGUCGCCGCCCGAGAACUACGGGACGCUCUACUAGCUUAUGACGGCUGUCUGGACGCGUCGCCAGAUUUAGCGGCCGCGGCGGCGGCGGCGGCGGGCGCGCUCGGAGAUCAGCCUUUUGGCGCGCGGGCCCGAGCGGCGGCUCGAGUCUUACUUGGGUUAUGUUGGCGAUUACCGGCUUUGCACGAGGGCUCGCUGCUUGAUCUGGUGCUCCGGGCGGCGUUUGUGGCACCUGAAGAUCAUGACGGCAUGUGGGACGACCGCGGCGCGCGGGCGUGUCUCUUCGCGUGCGCGUCUGCGAUUGCCUUCAGCGACGGCGAGGCCUACGCUUCUUCGGAAAAGCCCUUCGACGCGAAUCUGGGCGAGGUCUUCGCGCCCGUUGGUCAGAGCUGCGGCUCGAAGCUCGCCUGGCGCCUCGCUUCAUCAGAUGAGUCUCCUGAAACGACGCCAUCAAAAGCGGCGGGCGCGGCCGCCGCGCGGUCCGCGCUGGCGGCCCUGGCGAACGGUGGCACUUCCACCGACCAAAGUGUCGAGCAGCUGCUGGAGAAGUGCGCGUCGGCGACUUCGAGACGAGAGUAUGACGACGCCGUGCACGGCCUACUCUCAGCGUUAGUUACGGAUAGGCACCACGCCACGAAGACCAUCAUCGAACGGGACUGGGCGCGCGCGUUUGAAAGGCCUUUAAGCGUCCAGCCGCGAGGCAGGAAGGAACGUAGGUCUUUGAGGGCUACAUUAGGUGUCCUCGACGCGGUCGCGUCUUCCUUAGAUCCGUUAGAUGCUAGAUGGAGGGAUUUGGCACAAUCAACUUGUGAGGUAGUAGCACCAGCGGGAUUACAGGGCGAAAGCGACGGCUUACCCAGUACCACAUGCGCCUUCCUCGCGACGUUGUGUCAAAAGGCGCCGCGCUUCGCCCUCGACUCGAACGACGCCGAGCGACUCCUCAUACGAUUAUUAGAUAAGGGUCCAUUGCACAACGCACCAGCGAAGGACACGGUCGCGGCGGUCACGGCCGCGACGCUAUUGCUCGACCGCCUCGCGCCGAACGAGUAUGUGGUCAGGAGGAGACUCGCGGAGACCUUCGUUAGAUUAUGUGCGCCGACGGCGUGCUCGCCCCCGGACUCCUUUUUUGGGAGGAACGCUUUGGUGAGUGCUUUGCGCGGAUUGAGAAAGCUGGGAAAGCAAGCUCGCCAAAUAGCCGCGUCGCCGUCGUCACCACCAGCGUACUUCGACGGCGACAUUCUCGGCACGCCGAACAUGGUCUGGCUCUCUAGAUUAUUAUGCGACCGCGGUGCAGAAUGCAGAGCCGCCGCGUAUCUGUUGGCCGCGGACUGCGCGUCGUUUGACUUCGGCUAUGAUUUACUGGUCAGAGAAGGAGACCCGCUGGACGCGGCCCACCUCGCGGGACGGUGCGCGUCGGACGUCACGGAGGCGGCGUGCGUGCGCGGCGCGGCCUGCACGUUACUGGCGGCGUUAGUGACACCGUCGAGGCGAGAGGCCCACGCCGCGAACGCCUCGGAACGGGCGUUGCGAGCCUUGAGUGAAGACAACAAGAAAGACCCCGCCUUUUCGGCGGGAGCCUGCCACCUCGCGCUGGCCUUAACCGUGGCGCCGGCGCCGUCGCAACGGCCGGAGGCGGCGGGCUACGCGCCCCUCAAGGAAAGCGUGGCGCGCCACUGCUCCGUACUAGCGAGCGUCGGGGGCGUCAACCGCAAGCAGGCCUGCGUCUUGGCCACGAAAGCAUCCGAAAGGAUCGGCGAGAUCAAGAUCGACGCGCAGCACCUCGCGACGCUGGGCCUGGUGCCCCAGACCAUCGCCACGGCCGACCUAGGUACGUGGCGCCACGCGCUUAGAGGUGGUGUUCCUAGUGGAGACGGCUUGCCAUCCAUAGCGGCGCAACGACUUGUGGACGGUGCUCUGAAGAGUGCGGACGCCGCGAGUGCGAGGGCGUGGCGGGCGUUACGCGCGUUAGUGACCUUACAUCGAGGCCGGGACGCCGUCUUAAGCGCCGACGGCGUGGCCAAGUGCGUCCAGUGCGUGGCCGGCGCUUCCGUUAGAAUCGCUGCUGGUGAAUCAACGGCUACGGUGGCCUUCUCGGAGGCGGCUGAGUGCCUCUCUAUAUUAAUCGCGGGCGACGUCGACGCCCAAGGCGACGCGCUGCGGGCCUCCGAUGCUUUAGGUGUGGACGGCAAGUUUCCCCUCGUCGUCGCGGCGGCGUGUGCUACCAUUAUUGCUUCCAAAACUUCUGGAGCGACAAUCGCAGCAGCAGCCAGAGCGGCGCACGCCGUCGUGGCCGCGCCGCGGUGGCGGCGCGCGCUCGACGAGCCUCGAUUAGAUGCGCUCGGUGCGGCGCUCAUGCGACGCGACGCGCAGCGCGUGGCGUCGGCGCCCUUCGAGGGGCCCGACGAAAAUAGUGACGCUUCUGAAGCGGACGCGGCCUGCGGCGCCGCCUUCGCCGCGGUGCUGGACGCGUCGCCAGCAUGUAGAAAGCGCGCGCGGACAGACGGCUGUUCGAUUGAGAGACGGUUGGUAGCCUUGGCGAACGCCGCCGAGCUCUCUACGAGCGGCGGCCACGCCGAGUCGCACCCGGUGCAGACCGUUGAUCAAAAGGCUUGCAGGACGGUCGCGGCCCACGCGAGGGUUGUUGCAGCAUCUUUGAGAAGAGGCGCGCGGGACGACGAGGACUUCCGCGAGAUGAAUUUGGCCGCGCUCGCGUCGACCCUACGCAAGGCCUGGCCCUUCGUCAAGGCCGCCUCGACGCUCGAGGACGAGACCGGCGGCCCGGGCGGCGACGCCCUCGACGCCCUCAACAGAUGCGCGUUAGCAUUGGCCAACGCCGGCGACGAGGGUUGUGUUGCUGUGGCGGCAUCGGACUCGUCCAAGAAGGUCAGAAGGGCGGCGGGCGACCAUUCGUUGGCGAGAUGCCUGAUGGACUCGGCCGUGAGAGGUGAACUAGCCAUCAGCCCGGCCGCGGCGCGCGACGCCGACGCGACGGCUUUAGUGGUCUCAAAGAGAUGCGCCGUCGCUUGUGCGGCGUUAGCGAAACUCGCCCAGGCGCCCUGUAGAGGCGCGGUGAUCCAGGGCGGCUUCGUCAAGGAUUCUGUGGUGGCCUUGCGGCGGUUAGCCGCGGCAGCACAUGCGCCGGCCUCGCGCGUUUCUUACACUGUACGAUCGUCUAGAAACGCGCGCGCCGAAGCGCUCCUGGGGACCUUGGUCAGUGCGACGAUGUAUCCUGACGCGCAACGCGCGUUGCUGGACGAGCCGCAGACCGCCGAAUUGCUCCUGGACUUGUGCCACUACUACGGCGCGCCUCAAACCAGAUCAUACAGUUCUCCCGGUGGUGUCGAUUAUACGCCGACGCGGGAACCGUUAUAUCCGGGCGCGCGGGCGCGGACGGCGUCUUUGUUGAGAAAUCUGGCGUUGCUGCGGCGGAACAAGGGCCGCAUCCUCGCGCAGCCGCCCCUCGUGUCCUUCUUACUGGACGCGCUGCGGGCGCCGCCGGCCGUCGUCUCGGCGUCCGCCACUGCGUUGUGGGCCCUCGUGCACCACUCGGAAAAAGCCAGGGGCCUCGUCAAAGCUGAUGGGUUGCGCGCCGUCCACGCGGCGGCGCGCGCGAUCGAUGAUCAGACGGCCUUUUCCCGAGGUUCGGGCGAGGACGCGCAUCAUUUGAGAGGUGCGCAGCGCGCUUUGGCGCAUUUGCGCGCGAUCCUGGCCGAAUGACUCCCCUUUCCCCACCUCACUGAUAAGUAGGAA